AUGUCUUCAACAGUGACUGAGACCCAGCUUCAAGGUGAUGAACAUGUAAACGACUUUACCUUGGUCGAAGACAACGACCCGGACAAGAUCUAUGCACAGUUCGCGGAGUUGCGAUCGCGAUGUCCGGUCGCACAUACCACCGAAAAUGGCGGUUUCUACCUUCUGACGAAAUACGAGGACGUGAAGAACGCGGCAUCCGAUACUGGCACAUUUAUCUCGUCAAUCAAAGCUGUCAUCCCGAGCGAUCCUCGCGGGAUCCGAAGACCGCCGCUGAAUACCGACCCGCCAGCGCACACGCCUUAUCGCACGGCGCUCGAUCGCACCCUGCGUCCAAAACGACUGAAGCGCCUAGAAUUCACGCUAGCAGAGCAUGCUGAGCGUGAGUUCGCAAAGCUGGUAGAGAAUGGAGGAGGCGACAUAUGCGGUGACUUUGCCGCGAUCUUCGCAGCCUGGGUCGAGACAACAUGGUUGAACUUGGAAGAUGAAACAGCGCCAAUGCUAGCCGAGACGGCUGCUGCUUGGGUAAACGCCUGGCGGAGGCAAGACGCAAAAGAAACGUCGGCACAAUCCGAGAAGCUGUAUGUUAUCGCACGGAAGCUGUUCGCAGACAGAAGGGUGUCUCCGCGAGACCCAGAGCAAGAUCCGGCUUCUUCCCUGCUGCAGGAAAGAGAUUCCAGCGGAGAGCCCCUGAGAGAUGAGCUAUUGAUUGGCUGUCUCCGCCAAUCCCUCGUCGUCGGAAUGGUCGCCCCUCCGCUCCUCUUCGGCGUCAUGUGCAAUCAUCUAUCAAAAGACAAAGACCUACAGUCCAAGCUGCGCACAGAUCCGUCGCUCAUCCCAGCCGCAGUCGAAGAGUUCGUCCGUCUGUACGUGCCGUAUCGUGGCUUCUGUCGGACACCUGCGCGGGACAUCGAGCUCCACGGGCGCACAAUCCCAUCCAAGUCCCCAAUAACAAUGACAUAUGCCGCGGCAAACCGAGACCCAGAUGCCUUUCCUAACCCGGAUGAGUUCAUUCUGAACCGGCCGAACAUCACCUCUCACCUGGGUUUCGGACGGGGACGGCAUCGCUGUGCGGGGAUGCCAUUGGCAAGAAUUGCGCUUCAAAUCGGUCUUGCUGCGAUUCUCCGACAGUCGUCUGAUUUCGAAGUCAAUGGGCCGCUGGAGUACGCUGGGAUGCCGGAGAUGGGAAUCACCAGUUGUCCGCUGCGGAUUACGCCGAGGGAUGAACUGUAG